UAUCGAUAUGACAAGAACUUUUUGCAAAAUAUAACUUUCUUAAAACGCAAAAAGCUUCACAGAAUGUCGAAAGCUACUUACUUAAACCGUUGCGGCUACAGCGGGAUGCAAUACCUUAUCAACCAUGUCUCUUGGAAACGACUAGUUGAACAAAACCACGACAUGUUUAUCGUGGUUAUUAUUAUGUCUUUUAAUACUGACAAGGUUUAUCCGCAGGCCCUAACUCAUUUUCUCAUCGGAGACUCGAUACUGGCCCUUCCAGCAGCCAGCCUUAACGCACAUUUCCUGAACCUACAACGGAUCCUACGACAGUUCUAUUUGAGGGUCGGUUACAUCUUAAUAAGCAGGGAUGACAGGGGGGGUCCUACAGAGUGGGGUCUGAGACACGUAACUGAAAUGCACCGUGGUCUAAAUGCAAAUAGCAGUUUUAAAUGUUAUUUCUUAAGUAUUAAUUUCGAAAAUGCAGUUAUAUGA